AUGGCCAAUCCAGGCAAAUGGGUCUCUACAACUCAUUACCAGCUUCCGCGUUAUGCGAAGGAGGAUUUGCCUCCAAACCAGGCAACAAACUGGUCCCUGAAACGACCAGAAUACUUCAACUUCGCUACCGAUGUUGUCGACAGAUGGGCAAAAGAUGAUCCGCAUCAUGUUGCCAUGCUUUGA